CACCGUCGUCGCCGGCGACUCGAUUCCCGCAACUCACCUUGCUCUCAACCACGACCUCGGCACCCUACAGGACUUCCAAGUCGCAGGAUGCGGCGGCGGUGGUGGCGGCCCGCGCGCAGCCAACGUGGCCGCGUCUCCGCCUCCGCUUCCUCCGCGCCGACGUGUCAGCUUCCCGUCCACUCCCCAUUCCCUCCUAUUACUUGCUCCGCCUGCAACUAUUCGCCCCUCCCCCACUAAAUCCGCGGCCGUUCCCUCUCGAGCGUGACCAUGGCGGCGCAGGGGUCCCUCGUCACGUGGAGGGCGGUCUUCGCGGCGCUGGGCUUGCUCAUGGUGGCCACGCUGGUGUACACCAUAGCCACCGACGGCUCGCCGUUCCGCCCCGAGCUGCUUACGCCGUGGAUGGUGGCAACACUGAUUGAUUUUUAUGUGAAUGUAAUUGCGAUCUCGGCUUGGGUUAUCUACAAGGAAGCAAACUGGAUUAGUUCUGCCGUGUGGGUGGUUCUGUUGGUUUGCUUUGGCAGUGCUGCUACUUGCGCUUAUAUUGUUAAGAAACUUUUUGAAGUAACAUCUGCAGGGUCAUCCCAAGAUCCACUUGAUCUUCUGUUUAUCAGGCAAGGUAAUCUAUCCCAAAGAAAGUGCUCUUAUAUUGUAAUUGGAAGGGUUAUUUUCAGCAUUUUGGGGAUAUUCAUGGUUGCGGUUGUCACAUAUACUGUCAUCACUGAUGGACUACCUUUUAGGAAGGAAUUGUUGACACCGUGGAUGGCGGCAACCUUAAUUGAUUUCUACAUAAAUAUCUUUGCAAUAUCGGUCUGGGUUACUCACAAGGAGUCAUCUUGGAUAUCAACUACCAUUUGGAUUGUCUUGUUGAUAUGCUUUGGAAGCAUCACAACAUGCGGCUACAUUGUCCUCCAACUUUUCAAAGUAUCAUAUCAAGAUCCAAUCUACCACGUGCUAUUGAACUCUCACAGCAAGUAUGGAAUUUCAACUUCACUGUGAUAAUUCAUCUUCUAUGAUCCUGGAAGAUUUGAAAAUUCAUUGAAGUUGUAUGUGCAGCUUGGCUGGUAAUACCAAAAUGUUCGUUCUGUCUAUAUGUAAGGUACCACAAUUAACGGGACAGCAGGAUAGCAAUUAGAGAAGUUAUCUUGCUUUGAAUAAAAUAACUCAUGUGCUGACUUCUCUGCAAAAUGAAACUGUAACCUGAAGUUCUUUAUUGUAUUUCUGAUUUAAAUUGCUUGGACAGUAAUCUCCUUUUGUUGUCA